ACCACUACUGCAAGCCAGGUUGACACUGCAUCGGCCGCCACUGCAAGCCAGGGUGACACGGCAUCACCGGCCACCACUGGUGACACAACGUCACCGGCCACUACUACAAGCCAGGGCGACACACCACACACAACAGCCACACCACAUACAACACACACACUCUAUCCACACACACCACACAUACCACCCACACCACAAACACCACCCACACCACACUCACCACCCACAACACACACCACACACACGAAAAUCAACACCCACACCAAACACACCACACACACACCACACACACCACCCACAACACACUCACCACACACAUCACACACACCACAAGUAUCACACACACCACACAAACCACGCACACCACACACACCACACACACCGGCAGCUACUGCAAGCCAGGGUGACACGGCAUCACCGUCCACUACUGCUAGCCAGGGCGACACGGCAUCACCGGCCGCUACUGCAAGCCAGGGUGACACGCCAUCACCGGCCGCUACUGCAAGCCAAGGCGACACGGCAUCACCGGCCACUACUGCAAGCCCGGGCGACACGGCAUCACCGGCCACUACUGCAAGCCAGGGCGACACGGCAUCACCGGCCGCUACUGCAAGCCAGGGCGACACGGCAUCAACGGCCACUACUGCAAGCCAGGGCGACAUGGCAUUACCGGCCGCUACUGCAAGCCAGGGUGACACGGAAUCACCGGCUGCUUCUGCAAGCCAGGGCGACACGGCAUCAACGGCCGCUACUGCAAGCCAGGGCGACACGGCAUCACCCGCCACUGCUGAAAGCCAGCGUGACACGGCAUCACCGGUUGCUACUGCAUGCCCGGGUGACACGGCACCACCGGCAACUACUGCAAGUCAGGGUGACACGGCAUCACUGGCCACUUCUGCAAGCCAGGGAGACACGGCAUCACCGGCCGCUACUGCAAGCCAGGGCGACACGGCAUCACCGGCCACUACUGCAAGCCAGGGCAAAACGGCAUCACCGGCCGCUACUGCAAGCCAGGGCGACACGGCAUCAACCGCCACUACUGCAAGCCAGGGUGACACGAUAUCAUCGACCGCUACUGCAAGCCAGGGUGACACGGCAUCACCGGCCGCUAGUGGAGGCCAGGGCGACACGGUAUCACCGGCCGAUACUGCAGGCCAGGGCGACACGGUAUCACCGGCCGCUAAUGCAGGCCAGGGCGACACGGCAUCACCGGCCGCUUAUGCAAGCCAGGUUGACACGUCAUCACCGGCCGCUACUGCAAGCCAGGGCGACAUGGCAUCACCGGCCGCUACUGCAAGCCAGGGCGACACGGCAUCACCGGCCACUACUGCAAGCCAGGGCAACACGGCAUCACCGGCCGCUACUGCAGGCCAGGGUGACACGGCUUCACCGGCCGCUACUGCAAGCCAGGGCGACACGGCAUCACCGGCCGCUACUGCAGGCCAGGGCGACACGGCAUCACCGGCCGCUACUGCAGGCCAGGGCGACACGCCAUCACCGGCCGCUACUGCAAGCCAGGGCGACACGGCAUCACCGGCCGCUUCUGCAAGCCAGGGUGACACGGAAUCACCAGCUGCUACUGCAAGCCAAGGCGACACGGCAUCAACGGCCGCUACUGCAAGCCAGGGCGACACGGCAUCACCGGCCACUGCUGAAAGCCAGGGUGACACGGCAUCACCGGCUGCUACUGCAUGCCAGGGUGACACGGCAUCGUCGGCCACUACUGCAAGUCAGGGUGACACGGCAUCACCGGCCACUACUGCAAGCCAGGGCGACACGGCAUCACCGGCCGCUAGUGGAGGCCAGGGCGACACGGCAUCACCGGCCGCUAGUGCGAGCCAGGGCGACACGGCAUCACCGGCCACUACUACAAGCCAGGGCAAAACGGCAUCACCGGCCGCUACUCCAAGCCAGGGCGACGCGGCAUCAACGGCCACUACUGCAAGCCAGGGUGACACGAUAUCAUCGACCGCUACUGCAAGCCAUCAAAACAACAAAUGCAAAACGGCCACUACUGCAAGUCAGGGUGACACGGCAUCACCGGCCACUACUGCAAGCCAGGGCGACACGGCAUCACCGGCCGCUACUGCAGGCCAGGGCGACACGGCAUCACCGGCCGCUACUCCAAGCCAGGGUCACACGGCAUCACCGGCCGCUAGUGGAGGCCAGGGCGACACGGCAUCACCGGCCGAUACUGCAGGCCAGGGCGACACGGUAUCACUGGCUGCUACUACAAGCCAGGGCAAAACGGCAUCACCGGCCGCUACUCCAAGCCAGGGCGACGCGGCAUCAACGGCCACUACUGCAAGUCAGGGUGACACGGCAUCACCGGCCACUACUGCAAGCCAGGGCGACACGGCAUCACCGGCCGCUACUGCAGGCCAGGGCGACACGGCAUCACCGGCCGCUACUCCAAGCCAGGGCGACACGGCAUCACCGGCCACUACUACAAGCCAGAGCAAAACGGCAUCACCGGCCGCUACUCCAAGCCAGGGCGACGCGGCAUCAACGGCCACUACUGCAAGCCAGGGUGACACGAUAUCAUCGACCGCUACUGCAAGCCAGGGUGACACGGCAUCACCGGCCGCUAGUGGAGGCCAGGGCGACACGGCAUCACCGGCCGAUACUGCAGGCCAGGGCGACACGGUAUCACUGGCUGCUACUGCAGGCCAGGGUGACACGGCAUCACCGGCCGCUAAUGCAGGCCAGGGCGACACGGCAUCACCGGCCGCUUCUGCAAGCCAGGGUGACACGUCAUCACCGGCCGCUACUGCAAGCCAGGGCGACAUGGCAUCACCGGUCGCUGCUGCAAGCCAGGGCGACACGGCAUCACCGGCUACUACUGCAAGCCAGGGCAACCCGGCAUCAUCGGCCGCUACUGCAGGCCAGGGCGACACGCCAUCACCGGCCGCUACUGCAAGCCAGGGCGACACAGCAUCACCGGCCGCUUCUGCAAGCCAGGGUGACACAGAAUCAUUGGCUGCUACUGCAAGCCAAGGCGACACGGCAUCAACGGCUGCUAGUGCAAGCCAGGGCGACACGGCAUCACCGGCCACUGCUGAAAGCGAGGGUGACACGACAUCACCGGCUGCUACUGCAUGCCAGGGUGACACGGCAUCGUCGGCUACUACUGCAAAUCAGGGUAACACGGCAUCACCGGCCACUACUGCAAGCCAGGGCAACACGGCAUCACCGGCCGCUACUGCAGGCCAGGGCGACACGGCUUCACCGGCCGCUAGUGCAAGCCAGGGCGACACGGCAUCACCGGCUGCUACUGCAAGCCAGGGCGACACGGCACCACCGGCCGCUACUGCAAGCCAGGAUGACACGCCAUCACCGGCCACUACUGCAAGCCAGGACGACGCGGCACCACCGGCCGCUACUGCAGGCCAGGGCGACACAACUUCACCGGCGGCUAGUGCAAGCCAGGGCGACACGGCACCACCGGUCGCUACUGCAAGCCAGGGUGACACUGCACCACUGGCCGCCACUGCUAGCCAGGGCGACACGGCAUCACCGGCCUCUAAUGCAGGGCGACCCGGCAUCACUGGCCGCCACUGCAAGCCAGGGCGACACGGCAUCACAGGCAGCUACUGCAAGUCAGGGUCACACGGCAUUGCCGGCCGCUACUACAAGCCAGGACGACACGACAUCACCAGCCGCUCCUGCAAGCCAGGCCGACACGGCAUCACCGACCGCUACUGCAAGCCAGGGCGACACGGCAUCACAGGCCGCUACUGCAAGCUAAGGCGACACGCCUCACCGGCCACUACUGCAAACCAGGGCGACACAACAUCACCGGCCACUACUGCAAGCCAGGGCGACACGGCAUCACCGGCCGCUACUGCAAGCCAGGGUGACACGGCACCACCGGCCGCUACUGCAGGCCAGGAUGACACGGCACAACCGGCCACUACUGCAAGCCAGGGUGACACGAUAUCAUCGACCGCUACUGCAAGCCAGGGUGACACGGCAUCACCGGCCGCUAGUCGAGGCCAGGGCGACACGGUAUCACCGGCCGAUACUGCAGGCCAGGGCGACACGGCUUCACCGGCCGCUAAUGCAGGCCAGGGCCACACGGCAUCACCGGCCGCUUCUGCAAGCCAGGUUGACACGUCAUCACCGGCCGCUACUGCAAGCCAGGGCGACAUGGCAUCACCGGCCGCUACUGCAAGCCAGGGCGACACGGCAUCACCGGCUACUACUGCAAGCCAGGGCAACACGGCAUCAUCGGCCGCUACUGCAGGCCAGGGCGACACGCCAUCACUGGCCGCUACUGCAAGCCAGGGCGACACGGCAUCACCGGCCGCUUCUGCAAGCCAGGGUGACACGGAAUCACCGGCUGCUACUGCAAGCCAAGGCGACACGGCAUCAACGGCUGCUACUGCAAGCCAGGGCGACACGGCAUCACCGGCCACUGCUGAAAGCCAGGGUGACACGGCAUCACCGGCUGCUACUGCAUGCCAGGGUGACACGGCAUCGUCGGCCACUACAGCAAGUCAGGGUGACACGGCAUCACCGGCCACUACUGCAAGCCAGGGCGACACGGCAUCACCGGCCGCUAGUGCAAGCCAGGGCGACACGGCUUCACCGGCCGCUAGUGCAAGCCAGGGCGACACGCCAUCACCGGCUGCUACUGCAAGCCAGGGCGACAUGGCACCACCGGCCGCUACUGCAAGCCAGGAUGACACGGCAUCACCGGCCACUACUGCAAGCCAGGACGACACGGGACCACCGGCCGCUACUGCAGGCCAGGGCGACACGGCUUCACCGGCCGCUAGUGCAAGCCAGGGUGACACGCCAUCACCGGCUGCUACUGCAAGCCAGGGCGACACAGCACCACCGGCCGCUACUGCAAGCCAGGGGGACACGGCACCACUGGCCGCCACUGCUAGCCAGGGCGACACGGCAUCACCGGCCGCUUCUGCAUGCCAGGGCGACUCGGUAUCACCGGCCGCUACUGCAAGCCGGGGCGACCCGGCAUCACUGGCCGCCACUGCAAGCAAGGGCGACACGGCAUCACGGGCAGCUACUGCAAGACGACACGGCAUCACCGGCCGCUCCUGCAAGCCAGGCCGACACGGCAUCACCGGCCGCUACUGCAAGCCAGGGCUACACGGCAUCACCGGCCGCUACUGCAAGCUAAGGCGACGCGCCUCACCGGCCGCUACUGCAAGCCAGGGCGACACGGCAUCACCGGCCACUACUGCAAGCCAGGGCGACACGGCAUCACCGGCCGCUACUGCAAGCCAGGGUGACACGGCGCCACCGGCCGCUACGGCAGGCCAGGGUGACACGACACGACCGGCCACUUCUGCAAGCCAGGGCGACACGGCAUCACCGGCCGCAACUGCAAGCCAGAGCGACACGGCACCAACGGCCGCGACUGCAAGCCAGGGCGACACGGCCUUACCUUCCGCUACUGCAGGCCGGGGCGACACGGCAUCACCGGCUUGUACUGAAGGCCAGGGCGACACGGCAUCGGCGGCCGCUACUGCAGGCCAGAGCGACACGGCAUCACCGGCCGCUACUGCAAGCCAGGACGACCCGGCAUCAGCGGCCGCUUCCGCGAGCCAGGGUGACACGGCAUCACCGGGCGCUACUGCAGGCCAGGGCGACACGGCUUCACCGGCCGCUAGUGCAAGCCAGGGUGACACGCCAUCACCGGCUGCUUCUGCAAGCCAGGGCGACACAGCACCACCGGCCGCUACUGCAAGCCAGGAUGACACGGCAUCACCGGCCACUACUGCAAGCCAGGACGACACGGCACCACCGGCCGCUACUCCAAGCCAGGGCGACACGGCUUCACCGGCCGCUAGUACAAGCCAGGGCGACACGCCAUCACCGGCUGCUCCUGCAGGCCAGGGCGACACGGCACCACCGGCCGCUACUGCAAGCCAGGGGGACACGGCAUCACCGGCCGCUUCUGCAUGCCAGGGCGACACGGUAUCACCGGCCGCUACUGCAAGCCAGGGCGACCCGGCAUCACUGGCCGCCACUGCCAGCCAGGGCGACACGGCAUCACGGGCAGCUACUGCAAGCCAGGGGGACACGGCAUCACCGGCCGCUUCUGCAUGCCAGGGCGACUCGGUAUCACCGGCCGCUACUGCAAGCCGGGGCGACCCGGCAUCACUGGCCGCCACUGCAAGCAAGGGCGACACAGCAUCACGGGCAGCUACUGCAAGUCAGGGUGACACGGCAUUGCCGGCCGCUUCUACAAGCCAGGACGACACGGCAUCACCGGCCGCUCCUGCAAGCCAGGCCGACACGGCAUCACCGGCCGCUACUGCAAGCCAGGGCUACACGGCAUCACCGGCCGCUACUGCAAGCCAGGACGACACAGCAUCACCUGCCACCACUGCAAGCCAGGGCGACACGGCAUCACUGGCCACUACUGCAAGGCAGUGUAACACGGCAUUAUGGACCGCUUCUGCGAGCCAGGGUGCUCCGGCAUCACAGCCCGCUACUGCAAGCCAGGGGGACACGGCAUCACGGGCCCGCUUCUGCAAGCCAGGACUCAACUCCGAUGUUAACUCCAAUGUUAACUCUGACGUCAACUCCGACGUCAACUCCGAUAUCAACUCCGAUGUCAACUCCGAACUCGGACGUCAACUUCGACGUCAACUCCGACGUCAACUUCAAUGUCAACUCCAAUGGCAACUCCGUUGUCAACUCCGUUGUCAAAUCCGUUGUCAAAUCCGCCGUCAACUCCGACGUCAACUCCGCAAGCCAGGGCGACACAGCAUCACCGGCCACUACUGCAAACCAGAGUUACACAACCUAGCAGCCUGUUUUGAACACAAGUGGACAACUGUGAGUUUGGUCGUCUGGAUUUCCUGGUGCAGUUGAAGGAGUUCAAGCUGCCGUCAACCAUAAUUUUUUAAGUUAUGGCACUGCCAAAGCACCUGUCUUCAAAAUGGUGCAAGAGAAGCGAGGUUUCCAUGACAGAGUCAUUUCAUUCAAGAAGGAGAAAGCUGAGCUGAGUCAGCAAGCGUUGUCGGCCAG